GACGACUUUGUGGUUUACUUUGCAUUACCCCAGUUUCAAUUCUGAAAGAUCUGCGGCAACGAGAGUAUCAUCUGAGAUUUGCGAAAAGCAUGCUUGUCCCAAUGGCGAGCGCAUUGUUGCCCAUGUCAUGUUUGAAGGCAUUAGAAUCCGUGGAGUUGGUCGAUUUCAUAGAGGAUAAGAACGCCAUGAAAGAGCAGCUUCAGAAGCUCAAGAGUGUGCUGUUGUCGUACAGUACACUGCUGAAUGAUGCUGUGAAGAAGCAAAUCGGAGACGCAGAUGUUGAUAUGUGGAUUAGCGAUGUCGAAGAUGUAUGCUAUGAUGUGCAAGACCUAUUGGAUGAGAUUGAAACUGAAGCGCUGAGAUGCAAAGUGGCACCAGAAUCUGAAGAGUUUUCCAGAAUCAAUCAGGUAGUCAACCUCAUGUCAACUCCGUUUAAUGUCGAAAAAGUAUGUCAAGACAUAUUGGAGGUCAUUGCUAAAUUGGAAUCACUCUUAAAACUGAAAGAUGGCCUUGAUCUCAAAGAAUUUGAAUUUAAAUUUGAUUAUGAUGAUGUUCAACCACCCAAAUCAUUACUGACACCUGCAACUGCAUCUGCAUCUGAGUAUGAGAAAAAAUUGUUAGAAAAAUCUGGAGUCAAUAAAAAAUUCCCACCACUAAAUAUUGUCGAAUAUGAUGUUUAUGGCAGAGAUUAUGAGAAAGAGAGUAUUGUGAAAUUGUUGCUAUCCGAUUACAAUAACAUGUCAGUGAUUCCAAUAUGUGGCAUGGCUGGGAUUGGCAAGACGACCUUGGCUCGCAUGAUAUACGAAGAUGUGGAAGUGAAUAAACAUUUUGAUCUGAAAGCUUGGGUUUGUGUCUCUGACGAAUUUGAUCUCUUGAGGUUAACAACAUGUAUUUUCGAGUCCGUCACAUCUAUUGCAUGUGAGUUCAAGGACGUCAAUUUUCUUCAGUUCAAAUUGAAGGAGUCAUUAGUGGGCAAAAAAUUCCUCUUUGUCUUAGAUGAUGUUUGGGAUAAGAAUUAUGUUCAUUGGGACUUCUUCAAAAGUAGCUUCGAAUCUGGAGCAAAGGGGAGUAAGAUAAUUUUAACAACUCAAAAUGAGGUUAUUGCCACCAUGAUAGGUAAUGUUCCAACUUUUGAUCUCAAGACCAUAUCAGCUGAAGACGGAUUGAAAUUGCUUAAUCAACAUGCCUUUGAUAAUUCCGAGUCUGGUUUAUUUUUAGAUCUGAGUGUAAUCGGCCAAGAAAUUGUCAAAAAGUGCAACGGUUUUCCCUUGGCUGUUAAAACACUUGCUGGUCUCCUGCGGUUUCAUUCUCAACAGGAGACGUGGGACAAUAUACUAAAUAGCAAUUUGUGGGAGUUGUCAAAGGAGGAAAAUAGCAUUCUCCCGGCUCUUUGGUUUAGCUAUCAGUACCUACCUCCGCAUCUUAAGCAAUGUUUUGCUUACUGUUCUGUGUUCCCUAAAGGCUACGAAAUUGAUAAGGAACAGUUAAUUUUGAUGUGGAUGGCUCAAGACCUUUUACAACCUGAAAUGGGUCAGAGCAUUGAAGAAGUUGGAGAGAGAUGCUUAAACGAUCUAAUAUCAAGGUCACUGCUUCAACAUUCAAGAGCCUGUCAGUCUGCUGUCACCAUGCAUGACCUUGUCCAUGAUUUAGCUAAAUCUAUCUCAAGAGAAUUUUGUUUCAAGUUGUACGACUAUAUCUCCCUUGCCGUUGUUAGCAAGAUGCAAGCAAGAAACUUUGGCUUCCAGAAACUUAAGACUUUAUCCAAAGCUAAGAUUUUCCAUGCCUUCCUGGAAGCACAAUGGAGAAAGGUAAAUACUGGAUUACCAUUGCACAGAUUAGUAUACCAUGAACUAUUGCCAAGGCUACCUCAUUUGAGGUUGUUGUCUUUACCUUCUUGUCCAAUCUUGGAAUUGCCUCAUUCAGUUUGCGAGUUGAAGCAUCUAAAAUACUUGGACUUAUCUUCUACUCUAUUAAAGGAGCUACCUAGUACAAUUUGCAGUUUGUCCAAAUUGCAGACGUUGUUGCUGUCAAAUUGUAGAAAUCUUACUCGGUUGCCAACCAACAUUACAUCCCUAAGCCAGUUGCGCCAUCUUGACAUUACUAACACAUGUUUGGCAGAGAUGCCUUUGCAGAUGAGUAGAAUGAGAAAUUUGCAGUCGCUGAGUGAUUUUGUUGUGGGUAAAUAUAGUGGCUCUGGCAUUGAAGAGUUGAAAGAGCUCCAGCAUCUUCAUGGAACACUCCGCAUUUCAGGGCUUCAAAAUGUUGGUGAUGUUGGAAAGGUUAUCCAGGCUAAUUUGAAAGAUAAGCAGUACCUUUGUGAGCUUGGUUUGAGGUGGAGAGGUGACACAGAUGAUUCCUUAAAAGAAAGGGAAGUACUCGACAGCCUACGACCUCAUACAAAGCUUAAGAAACUGAUUGUUAAAUUUUAUGGCGGAACGAGAUUCCCAGAUUGGAUAGGAGAUGGUUCAUAUUCUAAUAUGGUAUCGAUGCAUCUAAAAGAUUGUAAAAAUUGCUAUAUCUUGCCGCCACUUGGGGAACUACCCUCUCUCAGAUAUCUAGAAAUUAUUGGAUUUGAUUCAGUGAUGAGGAUAGGUCCGGAGUUUUAUUAUAACAGUUCCUCCAUGACUAAGCCAUUUAGGCGGCUUGAAAUUUUACGCAUCUGUAGUAUGUUAGAGUGGCAGGAAUGGUUUUUGAUAAGUGACAAAGACGAUGGAGGAUUUCCUCAUCUUAAGGAGCUUUAUUUGGAAGAUUGUCCGAAGCUAUGUGGUAGCUUACCUUAUUGUCUUCCAUCCUUGAAAUUGCUGCAGAUCUCGGGAUGUCAACAAAUGGUAACUUUACUUCCAAAGGAGCUGCAGAUGGGUACUGUAUAUCCAUCGCUUCAAACAAUGGAAAUAUAUUACUGUAGGAAACUGGAGACAUUACCAGAAGGGCAAUGGCCCUCAAAUUUACAUUCACUUACAGUUUCCUAUUGCAGAAAUCUUAGAGCCCCUAAUGGAAAUGGCUUCCAACAUCUCACAUCGCUUAAAAAUUUGCACAUUUCUUGCUGUCAUGAGCUCAUGUGCUUGCCAGAGAAAAGCUGCUAGAUCCUCUUUCUUAUCUGAGUACUGUUGGAUGUUAUUUGCAAGACCAGUGGUAUCAGAGGGACAAGGAGGAAGAUGGGCCCAAGAUUUGUCAAAAACCUCGGCUGUGCUCCAAUGGGGAUUGAGACGAUGAAACACAUGGAUAUUUCCCUGAUCUCUUAUUCGUUGUGCUUUUUUAAGUUCAAAUUCAGCUACGAGGAAUUGGUGAUUGGUACCAUUUCAAUAUUUGAGAUCUCUGAUGCCUACCAAAAGCUCUACAACUGCUUUAAACCGCUUGCACAGUUCCACAACGUCAUUCUUGUAACCCAGCAAGUGAUUCCUAGAGGAUGAGGUUCGUAUCCUUUACCGUUAUAAUGGCUCUGGUCUGUCAUGGAGGGAAUCGACAUCGUAACUGCUUGUUUGCCAUAAUGGCUCUGGGUAUCUUGUCUGAUGGAAACGAAAUCAGUGGGAUAAUAGAUUCAUUUUGGAUGAUUGUUAUUUAUCUUUUUUGGGUUGGGGUGGAUUUAUAUUCGAUGUUUUUAGUAUCACCUGUGAACUUUCUUAAUUCAUUGAGGAAGUCACAUAUGCAAACGUUAAUGAGAAGAUAUUGCGUUACAUAUUAGCUUCAAUUUAAUUUGGAUCAUUUAUGCCGGAUUGUAUGGGAUAUGUAGCUUAUGGGAAUAUUAUAAAUGUGUCGUGUUAAAUUGAUUUUAAUGGAUGAAAUGAGAUGGUUUGCGGC